AGCGCCCCUAUCCUUACCAAAAGUAACGCUCAGGGGUUAGUGCCGCCGUUUUUUUUUUCCGGUGGGUAACGGUGUGCAAUGGCGGCGAUUAUGCCAAAUUUCGGCCUCCGGCAGCUUCCCCUGCUUAACAAGUUCCGUUCAACUCUUCCUACGUCGCCUGCACCGUCUCUAUACCUUUAUCGUUCUUCCUCUUCCAUGAGUUUGCCUGUUGCUGUUUCUUCUAAUGUAUCCUCUUCUUCAAAUGAAGAUUCGGAGGAACCCAAAUUGAAUACAGGCACAUUAUCCAUCACCAUUGAAGAACCAGAUAACAGAAAUAAGAACAAAAAAGCUAAGCCUUUUUUCCCCAAGCGAGGCGAGACCUUGGAACUUGUGUGCGAGUCUUUAGCUUUUAAAGGAAAAGGUCUAUGUAAGGUGGAAGAAACUGGUUAUAUAGUCAUGUGCGAUCGCGCUCUUCCUGGUGAACGCUUUGUCGGUCGAGUUACACGCAAAAAGAACAAUUACGCCGAGGUGACUAAAGUGAAGACUCUAAGUCCUCAUACAGAUAUGGUGGAAGCACCAUGUGAAUAUGCUUUGCAUUGUGGAGGUUGCAGGACACAAAACCUUCUAUAUGAGGCUCAGGUUAGAGCUAAGGAAGAACAAGUUCGAGACUUAGUAGUACAUGUUGGAAAAUUCUCUUAUAAAGACCCAGAUUUUAAUAACAUGAUGAAGCCCAUUGUUCCUUGUGAUAUGCAGUUCCACUACAGAAACAAGAUGGAAUUUUCCUUUGGUCCCAAAAGAUGGCUUCCCAAAGAGCAAUUGCUUGAGAGAAGUGAAGAUGCUAAUGUCUAUGCUUUAGGAUUACAUGCUCCUGGUUUCUUUGAUAAAGUGUUAAAUGUUGACAAGUGCUUUUUACAAAGUGAACCCGCAAAUAAGGUUCUUGCAGCCGUUCAAGAUUGUUGGAGGAAUCAUGAACUUGGACUCUCACCAUAUGAUUGCCACUCUCAUGAUGGAUUUAUGAAGCACCUCAUGAUAAGAAGUGGAAGAGAUGUUGACACUAAACUCCCUCAACUUAUGGUUAAUUUUGUGACAUCUUCCUACAAACCAGAGCUUCUAAAGCCUCUUGUUGACAAACUAUCAGUUUUCCCAGAAGUGGUAAGCAUCAUGAACAAUGUAAACACAGCAGUUGGGAACACGUCAGUGGGAGAGCAAGAGUACACUCUAUACGGGAAAGCUACUAUCACUGAAAUGUUAAGAGGAUUAUCAUUUGAAAUUUCAGCAAACUCUUUCUUCCAAACAAAUGCACAUCAGGCUGAAAUUCUUUACAAGUUAGUAGAAGAUUGUGCUGGUUUAAAAGGAGAUGGUUCAGAAAUAGUUCUAGAUCUCUUUUGUGGGACCGGGACAAUCGGGCUCACACUAGCCAAAAAGGUAAAGCAUGUUUAUGGUUAUGAAGUAGUUGCUGAAGCUGUAUCCGAUGCUCGUAGGAAUGCUAAGUUAAAUGGUCUACACAAUGCCACAUUUAUCCAAGGGGAUCUUAAUAAAGUUAGUGAAAGUUUUGGGAAUGAUUUCCCAAAACCAGAUAUUGUCAUAUCAGAUCCCAAUAGGCCAGGGAUGCAUAAUAACUUGAUUAAAUUCUUGUUAAAGCUCAAGGCACCGAAGAUCGUGUAUGUAUCAUGUAACCCUGCCACAUGUGCACGUGAUCUUGACUAUCUUUGUCAUGGUUCGGUGGAACAAAAAUUGAACGGAUGUUAUACAUUAAAAAGCAUACAACCUGUCGACAUGUUUCCUCACACUCCUCAUAUAGAAUGUGUCUGUUUACUUGAGCUUCGUUGAUUCAUUCUGACCUCUUUCUCAAUUAUAAUUUAUAAACCUACUUCUGAUAUAUGGUUUUCAUCCACAAGUUUUGUUAUGUUUUUAAUUAUACAUUGUAAUUUAUAAACUAAAAAAAUUAAAAGUAUUUACAUGCA